AGAAAUAUGGGUUUUUUUUCUUACAGUUUAUAUAAAGAUUUAAAAAUUCUUCUAGAUUUUGUCAUGUAGUGUUUCCUCUAUUCAAUAAUUUGGGGAGUAGAUAUGGUAAGUUAACUGAUUGGCCUGUAAACCUUACAAAGCCACAGCCCUCCCCUGUGUUCUAGUUGAAAGCACAUGGAGCCAGUUGCAUUAGAUAUAUGAUGAGAGGGUAAAUUUCUUUUCUUCUACUUCAGACACUCUAUAAGCCUUCUGUUUGAUAUGUCGUAGUUUAAUACAGGCUUAAACUUAAGUCUCAAGGGCUGUGUUUUUGUGGGCUGGUGUCCAGCUGGGUGAUGGACUCUCGUUCAAUUAGAACAGGCAGAUGUUCGUUUGGGUGAUGUGGAAGAUAAAAGAAUGUUUUUAUCUAGAGGAACGAGGUGCCAUAAACAUGAAGGUGGACCUAAAGAACCUAGAGAGUCAGAGAACUUCUAGAGUUUGUAUUGCCUGGAGAAUGUUCUAAAUAGGGCUCUUCUUGUGCUAGUUUGCCUUCUUUGACUGGUCCUGAGCAUCUCCUGAGCUGAAGCUCAGGGACCUGGGAAACUGUUUUAAAUGCACUCCAGAUGAAUGUGGCAGAAGUUCCUGGGCCCUGGUUGUAGCUUUCUUUUUGUCUCUUGGAAAAUCAUCAGGCUGUGCUCAUAUUAGCCCUUGUAAAUACCCAUAAAGUUUAAGGGGUCACUAGUUGAUCAGAACAGAUUGUGGAAGAAACAGAUUCUGCAAGAAGAGCCUACCUAGUGUUCAUUCUCUGAAGUCUGAGACUAGAGUUUUGUAUUAAAUGGUUGACUCCCAGGUUUGGUGAUUUUCUGGCUUUCCGGGUGUGCCUGAUUCCUCUGCCUGCAUCAUCUCCCAGUAACUAUUGUUCCAUACCAUUUGAAUUGAGAAUGGGUCCUCCAUUUUUCUCUGAUGUAUGUAUUCUUUUAGCCUUUGCAAUUUCUUCCAUAGAGGGCAACUGGGUCUUUUUAAUCCUAGGAGAGCACUGAUUACAAGUUAAUUUAUUUCUCUUAAAUGGAAGUACUUAGCCAACUCUUCUUUGCAUGUGGGAGGUCUCCCCAAGCAACUGUGAGCAACUUUUAAAGGCUGCUAAGAGGUCAAAAAGCACUUUGCUUGUCUUGUUCCCUUCUCUUAAAGAUAGGCAUGUUGGUCUUGCUUGGGCCUUAGAAGUAUCUUUCUUCUUGGUUCUGCCUUGGGCUUUGCUGCUGCUCUGGAGGGCUCACUGGCCUCCGAUUGCAUCCUGCAUCUCUAUCCCUGAUGCCUAUUUAGGCUUCAGCCUGUUAUUUUGCAUACAGGGCAGUUCUUCAUAAGCAUUCCACCAAGAGCCAAGUUUGAGUGCCACCCGUUUGAAAGGGAAUCUUACUAAUCUGAUUUUUCUAUGUCCUUGAUGCCUGUUAGAAUUCUAGGCUCUCAGAUAUGUAAUUUCAUAGUCAUUUAGAAUACUUUUUUUCCCUGAAACCAAAGUAUUAGUAAAUGGCAACUGUAUCCUUUUUAUCACUUACACCAAAGUGAUCACAAGUCUUAUCACUUACUUGUUUGAAUUUUUGCAUCUGCUUUUUUUUUGUUCUUUUUGGUUCCUAAAUAUACUACCUCCUUUUUUUUUUUAAACCUCCUUCUUGAGCCAAAAUUGAUCUUAGUUGUCCUGCUGGCCAGUGUUACUAAUUUUUCUUUACAAAAUGGGAAUAAAUACACCUAUCACACAGUGGCAGUUGUGAGGAUUAGAUAUAAUGUAAAGUGUUUAUCAUAUUGCUGGACAUAGAGUAAGUCUUCGCUGAAUGAUAGCAUGCUACUUACCUCCUGCUAAUUUUGAUUAUCUUCGCUCCACCUCUUUGUCCACACUAUGGAAGCAGUGAAGUAUGUAGAUGAAAAUAUGGGACCCAGAACCCUGAGAACCUGCAUUUCCUGCUUACUUCUCCUUUAAGAAAAUAGAUCAGUUUAGUUACUGACCUUUCUGGUUAUUAGAAGUACAAAGUCAGAUAAAGGAUGUAGAGAGAGAGAGAAUGCUUCCUUAGCAGUCAGCUGUUGUGCACAUGCUCCUUGUUUUUCCUGUAUUGCAUUCCUAAAUCCUGUAGUAUCUGAACUAUCUGGUUUAAGAAGUUUGAAGCAAGUGCAAUGAGUUUUUUUGUCUCUUCUUUUUGUAGGUUAACUCUAUCCACAGUAAUGGCUGCGGCCUUACCCAGGACCCUAGGGGAGUUGCAGCUGUAUAGAAUAUUGCAAAAAGCCAAUCUGCUUUCUUAUUUUGAUGCCUUUAUCCAACAAGGUGGUGAUGACGUCCAGCAACUCUGUGAAGCUGGAGAAGAGGAAUUUUUGGAAAUCAUGGCACUGGUGGGCAUGGCUAGCAAGCCCCUUCAUGUUAGAAGGCUACAGAAGGCUUUGAGAGACUGGGUUACAAACCCUGGCCUUUUCAAUCAGCCGCUGACUUCCCUUCCUGUCAGUAGCAUACCUAUCUAUAAAUUACCGGAGGGAUCACCUACGUGGCUGGGAAUAUCCUGCAGCAGUUAUGAAAGAAGUAGCAAUGCCCGGGAACCUCAUUUAAAAAUCCCCAAAUGUGCCGCUACCACCUGUGUGCAGAGCUUGGGACAGGGGAAGUCAGACCUGGUGGGGAGCUUAGCGCUGCAGAGUGUGGGCGAGUCCAGACUCUGGCAAGGUCACCACGCAUCAGAGAGCGAGCACAGCCUCUCCCCAGCAGAUCUUGGCUCCCCCGCGUCCCCAAAGGAGAGCAGUGAGGCUCUGGAUGCUGCUGCUGCACUCUCUGUGGCUGAGUGUGUGGAGCGCAUGGCCCCCACCCUGCCGAAAAGUGACUUGAAUGAAGUGAAAGAGUUGCUAAAAACUAACAAGAAGCUGGCUAAAAUGAUCGGUCACAUCUUUGAGAUGAGUGAUGAUGAUCCACACAAAGAGGAGGAAAUUCGAAAAUACAGUGCAAUAUAUGGCAGAUUUGACUCCAAGAGAAAGGAUGGAAAACAUCUCACGCUUCAUGAGCUCACUGUUAAUGAAGCAGCUGCUCAGCUCUGUGUGAAGGAUAAUGCCCUACUGACACGAAGAGAUGAACUUUUUGCCCUGGCUAGGCAGAUUUCUCGAGAAGUCACCUAUAAAUAUACUUACAGAACCACCAAGUCGAAAUGUGGUGAAAGAGAUGAAUUAUCCCCAAAGAGAAUUAAAGUGGAGGAUGGGUUUCCAGACUUCCAGGAUUCUGUGCAAACACUCUUCCAACAAGCGAGAGCUAAGAGUGAAGAACUUGCAGCUCUUAGUUCACAGCCUGAAAAGGUGAUGGCGAAGCAGAUGGAGUUCCUGUGCGCCCAAGCUGGCUACGAGAGACUGCAGCAUGCGGAGAGAAGGCUGUCUGCAGGGCUGUACCGGCAGGGCUCCGGCUCGGGGGAGCACAGCCCCAAUGGGCUGCCUGCCGAGACCUCCGAUGGCCAAGGAGAAAGACCUCUGAAUCUCCGGAUGCCUAAUUUACCAAGCAGACAACCUCAUCAUUUUGUGGUCGAUGGGGAGCUGAGUAGACUUUACCCUGGUGAGGCGAAGUCCCACUCAUCAGAGAGCCUUGGGAUUUUAAAAGACUACCCUCACUCAGCUUUCACCUUGGAAAAGAAAGUCAUCAAAACAGAGCCUGAAGAUUCAAGAUAGCUGGGAUUCAUGCACUGUUCUCUGGAAAUGGCAUCACAUUUAAGGAUAAUGCUCCAUCAUAGAAUUAAGCCUUAAUAACCAAUGUUGCCUCAUUCAGCUCAAACAGAUUUCAUAGCCAAAGCAUAAGGACUUAUUCAGUAGUCUGUGGAAACCUGAAGACAAAACAGCAGCCACAAAAGAGAAAAUCAAGAGUGCUGCAAUCUGUAACAAACACUGACCCAUUCACAUUCCUGUGUAAGUCGCUUUAUGUGGAAAGGCUUACAAAUUAAUAUUGUAAGCAUUCAUUAUUUAAGAAUGUACAAUGUAUUCGUGUAAUUUAUAGAAUUAAAAUCUAGAUGUCAGGCCUGUUUGGUCUAAUAGAUGUGGAUACAGUUUAUUUUACUUGAAAUUUUGUUGUCUAUUUUAAGUGUAUUUAGCGUAAAUACUAUUUUACAUCAGAGUUUAGAAUCUUUGCAGUUGAAAAAGAAAGUUUAAAUGACAUAGUUAUUGGCAAGGUUGCAAUGACUAGAAAAAUAGAAAACAAAUACUCAAUUUAAGCUAAGGAAAAUAUUAUGUAUUUAAUAUUUGAUAAAACUGAUUUUGUUUAAUAGGAAAUGUGUAGCAUUUAUUCAGUAAUGUCAUUUUCACUGGUUUAAUCAGUGCGCAUUUACACAGUAAAUGCUGAAGGAAAGUUAAAAAUGAUUAGGGUAGAAAAUUCAUCUUACCUAACUGACCCAGAUUGGCUUGUAUAAUAGCUACUUAGAGUGCAACAAACAGAGGAAGCUACUACGUGGACAGAGAACUUGAAACAAAUGGACUAACGUGUGAAAGCCUCAGUAUUUCAGAGUGUGCUAAAUAGGUUAAGACAUAGUAGGUUAGCUUUAAAUGUGACAGAGAUGGUGACUUAACAGAGCUAUGAGAGGCUCUGUGUUUUACAUCCAGAAAUGCUUCUCCCUGUGAAGGGGCCACAGAGACAUAGGGCUCUCCCAGGGCCAUCUUCCACCAGGAUGUCCCUGCAUCCAAUCUGCAGACACAGUUCUAUGGAAGUGUAGUUAACAGCUAUAACUCAGUAUUUAUUUUGCCAUUUCAUUUUUUUACACCUUCCAGGUUUUUUAAUGCAGUUUUUUUUUGUAAAAUUUAUUCAACUUGACAGUAUGUUUUAAAUUUCCCCUGGUCAAUUAAUGGACUGUGUGCAUAUAUAUAUUUUCUAUAUUUAUGGGGUAUAUUUAAAUGUUAAUAAUGUACUGACAUAAUUAUGAGAAUUUCACAUUUGAAUCUAUAGUGGUACCAAAAAAAAAAUGUUACACUAAAAUCCAUCAGCCAAAUGUUAAAUGUCUGCACUGUGGUCGCUGACCACUGUCACAUAUAUAGUUGCUUUUUUCAUUUUGAUAUGUAGGAGAGCUUUACAGUAGAAACACCAGUAAACAACUUUUAUACUAUUAAAAGGCUUUUCUCCCUUCCUGAAUGUUUUAAUUGUACCAUAGUGUUUUGCCCACUGAAGAAGCUUCCUGUGGGCCCUGCAACUUUGUUGCUAGCUUGAGGUUGAUUAUUGUGGUUGUAUAGUUCACUGUGUGUAAAGUGUAGUAUGAGUAUGAUUUAAAUAGAAUGUUCAGUUUUUAAUAUUAGCCAUAGCACUGGUUAGUAUCUCAGUAGUUUCAUGAAACGUUUCCUGUAUUCUAAUCUAUUUUGAGAAAUUCUGUGGUCUUUUUUUUUAUUGUGUCUUAUAGUUCAAGUUUGUAGAUUUUAAUAAGCAACAGUUUUUAAAGAUGCAAUAAACUUCCAACUAAUAUUUAUCCAUCUUUCGUGGACCCGUAAACUGCAUCUUUAAAUCAUAAAUAAGUUUCCUUAAGUAUCAUACUUUUCUGAUCUUUCACGCUUAGUGACAAGGAAGCACAAGAAAAAUUUCAGUAGAAUACAGUUUUUAUUUUAUAAACACUAAUGUAUUAAACUUGCUAUACAUUAAAGCAAAUAAUAUAUAUUUUUAUUUGAAAUGUAUAUAUGAAUUGGAUGUUAUAACUAGUUGAUGUUUUUCAUUGUGUAAGAGGUAUUUUCACUAAACAAGGUCAACUGGUUACCUCAGUAUUACAGCCAAUAUAGUCCAAGGGACCAUUUCCCCGAGUCUGUUGUACUUUAUUGUGUGAAGUCUGCAAUUUGUGACUCUUACAGCUGUUGAUGAGGUGGGAUGAGUGCACUUGCUUUCUGUGGCAAUAAAGAUUUUCUUCGCCUCACA